CAAACAUCAUCUUACUAAAAAAAAUCCAAUGGAUCCAUCAGAAUUUCCUUUCGAUAUUGAAGCUUACAAUAGACAAUAUCAAAUUGAAGAGAAGUAUAUAAUAAACCAGUCUAGAGAGCGUCGCAACAAUGUUGAAGAAGAUUAUCCACGUCGUAACAAAAGAAAAUACAUCAAGAGAGAGUUACGUGAUUCAAAUGCACAUCAUGAAUUGCAAGCAGAUCUAGUCAAACAUAUCUUGGCGAAAUUCAGAAUGUCCUGAAAUUAAAGAGAUUUUUAUGUCUUUAUGUGUUGUGUGAUUUAAGAGUUUAAUUGUUUGUGAGUUAAUCCGUAUGUAUUUGAAGUGAAGUGUGUUUAUUAUUAAUUGUGUUGUGUGCUUGUAUCAUAUUGUAAAUCAAAAUUUGUAAUAUUUUUUUUGUUUUAAUAAUAAUUAUUUGUUUUGUUCAAAAAA